AAAUGUUGAUCUUGUUUGUUCGCGCUAACAUAGCUCAGCGAAGUAGCAGCGCAAGUGGUGAGACGUAUUAUUGUAGUCCGCAAACGUUGUUUUCGAAAAAGCUUUUUGCUCCUGCUACGACCAUGGAGUCUAGCGAUGCAGGACGAGGAGGAUGGAAGUCCAAGAACAUGCAGCCACAGAAAAAUAAGAUGAACAUGAAUAUUCUCCGCCAAGAGAAGCUGAUAGCCCAGAAGAAGAAGGAAAUUGAAGCCAAAAUGGCAGAGCAAGCAAAAAAGAGCGUGCAAAUCACAACUAACAAGCCUCUGCCUCCAAGUUCCCCCACUCUCCAAGGACCCUCCUCAAACAAGUUUGCAAAUGAUGGGAGCUUCUUACAGCAGUUUAUGAAGAUGCAGAAGGAGAAAUCCAGCAGUGGUUCCACCAGUGACGCCAAAACUCCCUCCACCUCAACGACAUCACCAGUAGGAAACUCAUUGCAAAAAAAGAGCAUCCUUGUCGGCAAGCGGCCUGGCCUCGGAGUGAGCAGCAUGCUUAGUCAGUUCAAGAGCUACUCACAGUCCAAGAAGAGUCCAGUUCUCAGCCAGAGGCCGAGCGUGUUUUGUUCUCCAGAUGAAGACGAUGAGGAAGAAGAGGCUGAUUACUCCAGAUUCUUAGAGAUGAAAGUUUCUCCCCCAGAGGAUUCAGACACCAGACUCAUUAUCGACAAGAUGGCCUCUUUUGUGGCGGAGGGGGGAUCGGAGCUGGAGAGGAAGGCCAAGGAGGACUACAAGGACAAUCCUGUUUUCUCGUUUUUAUAUGAUAAGAGCAGCAUGGAUUAUCUCUACUACAAAAAGAGAGUUGCAGAACUGAGAAAGGAUUUGCUCAAACCUGAGAACACCUCAGAUAAUGUCUCCCCCCCAGUGGACGCGGAAACCCAGCAGGUGGCUGAGAAGCUGGCCAGGUUUGUGGCGGAGGGCGGCCCCGAGGUGGAAACCAUCGCUGCGGAGCGCAACCGGGACAACCCUGCAUUCAGUUUUUUAUACGACCAUCAAAGUCCAGCCUUCCACUUCUACAAAGAGAAAUUACAGGAGUAUCGUGCUACAGCCUCCCAGACCUCUUCAUCUCCAGCAGCAGAGUCAAGGAUAGACCUGCAGCUCCCAGCUGCUCCUCCAUUACUAGGGAUCCCUCCAUCACUGAAUCCUGUAUUUCAGCCCCACAAUCAGGAGGCAGAAACCCCGCCUGUCAAACGGAAGAGAAAGAGCAGAUGGGGGGCUGAAGAUGACAAAGUCGAGUUGCCUAUGCCUCCCAUUAUUGUCCCGCAGGAGAUUAGUGUUCCAGACCCGAACACACCCUCUCUCUCUGCUCAGGAGCUGAGAGGUCUUGGUUAUAAGAAGGGGAAGCCUCUCGGUCUGGUAGGAGUGACAGAACUAUCUGAGGACCAGAAGAGACAGCUCAAAGAACAACAAGAGAUGCAAGAGAUGUACGACAUGAUCAUGAAGCACAAGCGUGCAAUGGCAGAUAUGCAGGUGAUGUGGGAGAAGGCCAUGAGAGACCACCAACAUGAAUACGACAGCGAUGAAGAAGUGGAUCAGCAGGCGGGCACCUGGGAGCAUCAACUCCGAAAGAUGGAAAUGGAGAAGACGCGUGAGUGGGCAGAAUCUCUGACAGAAAUGGGUAAAGGGAAACACUUCAUUGGUGACUUCCUGCCUCCUGAGGAACUGGAAAAGUUUAUGGAGACCUUCAAGGCACUGAAGGAGGGCCGGGACCCAGACUACUCAGAAUACAAAGAGUUCAAGUUGACAGUGGAGAAUCUUGGUUUCCGAAUGCUCAUGAAGAUGGGCUGGAAGGAAGGUGAAGGUCUCGGCAGUGACGGACAGGGCAUCAAGGCUCCUGUUAACAAGGGAACUACAGCUAUGAACGGAGCAGGGUUUGGAGUUGACCGUCCAGCUGAGCUCACAAAAAGCGACGAUGAAUAUGACGCUUUCAGAAAGAGGAUGAUGCUUGCUUACCGCUUCAGGCCCAACCCACUGAAUAAUCCACGGAGGCCAUAUUACUGAAGUAGAGGACUGUUCUUCUUUUUACUUGUUCUUGUUUAUCAUAACUUAAAAGCUGGUUGCCACAGCUACAGCUCUGCUCACUUGUGAAAAUGGACACUGUUGCACAGUAGAAAUCUUGAAAAUUUGAAGUGCGUGUGUGCAGGAGGAAAAUGAGGUCGGAGAACAGUAGAAAGAGGAAUAGAUUCAUCCUUAUAUUUGAAGUUUCUUUCAGGUUGAAAUAUCACAACUGUUUCUUUUGCAUAAUCGAUUUGCCUGUUUUGUUACAUUUCAAUUUAAUACUGUAACAACUUGAAAUAUAUAAAGACCUACAACACCUGA